CUACACCCGCAGUCUGUUAUAUUUUAUCACCGCCAUUCAUUCAGCCCCCUGCCCUUCAAUGUUAACAUCCAAUUAGAGUUUACAUCCAAUCAGUGAGCCGCUUGCACGAUUGUCGUCGUUUGUAGCCAAUAGCGGGCUCUCUUGCUUUUCGAGGCCGUGUUCAGCUCUCUGGACCAAUCCGAAGCGUUGUUGCAUCGGGCAGUGUUGUGGAGAAGUGACAGAAGGAGGACACACAGUUGGUGAAUGUUGGUUCCAGUGCAAUAGGUAAAAAAAGAAAAUAGCUGAUACCUGUCCCAGAAUGGCUAAUGCCCUAUGUAGCAGAGCCAGACUGGUGACCUACCUCCCUAGGUUUAGUUCAUUGAUUAGAAGGGUCUCAGGUACCCGGGCCUUUUCCACAGCAGGAUCUUCAGGCUCUGAUGAGCCUUACAUUGCUGCUACACCUCCUGAUAUACUUCCCAGGACAGUAUGGCCCGAUGAGACAAUGGGCCCAUUUGGCCCACAAGACCAGCGCUUUCAGCUUCCAGGUAAUGUAGGAUUUGAUGCCCACGUGAAUGGAAUAGACAUUAAGAGGAGAAUAGAAGUCAAUAGAAAUCUUCCGGACCUGCUGACUGAGCCUCAACCAAGUGAAAGGCAUGAAUUUGUAAUGGCCCAGUUUGUGACUGAAUUCCAGGGGAGUGAAGUUUCACUAGAGCCGCAGGAAUUAAACACUAUGGAAAGCUACUUUGAAAAUGCAAAGGUGGAAUGUGCAAUGCAGUCUUGUCCUGAUCUGCUGAAAAAAGAUUUUGCUUCUAUGUUUCCUGAAAUCCCCAGCAAUAAUUUAAUGGUGCUAACAGUUACUCAGAGGACACACAAUGAUAUGACAAUUUGGAGUCAAGAGGUGGAAAAUGAGAGGGAAAUGUUAAUAGAAAAGUUCAUGAACGGUGCCAAAGAGAUUUGCUACGCGCUAAGGACAGAAGGAUACUGGGCGGACUUUAUUGACCCACUGUCGGGACUUGCAUAUUUUGGGCCUUACACAAACAACACGCUGUUUGAAACAGAUGAGCGAUAUCGCCACCUGGGAUUCAAAGUGGAGGACCUGGGGUGCUGUAAAGUGAUUCGCCACAAUGUCUGGGGAACACAUGUAGUUGUGGGAAGUAUAUUUACCAACGCCCCCUCAGACAGUCCUAUCAUGAAGAAACUGGGGGAACACUGACUUUGUCAACCAAAUCUUACCACGGGCCUCAUUUACUUCCUACUGUGCCAUCCCGGCAGUCAGUGAAGGACACUUAAAUCAUAAUCUAGAGGGAGAGGAUUAAAGCUGCGUUUUAUUUAUGAAAAAGGACCACUGAAAUUAAAUUAUGAUUUGUUGGUUGCUACAAAAGGUCAAGGGAAAAAAAUAAAUUAUUCUUGCCAAUUAUUUUAGGAGAAGAAGAGGAAAUUAUGGCGUAAAUAAAGUUUUUCUUAAUGACA